AUGAGCCACUCGAUCUUUCCUCCAAACACUGGACCCAAACUGCCUCCAGAUUUUAGUUCGCUCGUUAUUCAAGGUCCUUACCCGCCCUCUGCGCCUAUCCACCUCUGCCUAUCUCACCUCCAAUCAGGGCCCAAGAGCAACAAGGCCGUCCUGAUUUCUUCGUCCUCUAAGCAUCUUUCAUCCCAGCUCGAAGAAUACAGCGAUCUAUGGCUUCAUGAACAUGCGAUGAGCGGAGCUAUAGCCGAACAUCUCCACCAAACUGAUAUAUUGUACGUCGACGCACUAACCCUCCCUUCCUCAAGUGGACCCAUUAAUCCCAUGUACCAGCUAUCCACCAACGCACAAACACCUCCGUCUACUCUUGGCACGACUCCGGGCAUACUCCACCCCAUCCUCCAAAGUCGAUAUAAAGGCAUGCGUAUCUCGGGUCCCGACGCUUUUAGUCCUGCACGAACUGUCGGGGUACUUUUUAGCAGGGACGAUCCUGAACUGUGA